AUGGUUCUCGAAAGUACUAUGAUAUGUGUUGAUAACAGCAACUACAUGCAAAAUGAUGAUUUUUUACCUACCCGUCUACAAGCUCAACAAGAUGCUGUUAACAUAGUAUGUCUUUCUAAGACUCGUGAAAAUCCAGAGAACAUCGUCGGUCUAUUAACUUUAGCCAAUGUUCGUGUAUUGGCUACUUUAACAGCCGAUGUUGGUAGGAUUCUAUCAAAAUUGCAACAAGUAAAACCCAAUGGUAUCAUGGAUUUUCCUACUGGCAUUAAAGUUGCUCAUUUAGCGUUGAAGCAUCAUCAAGGAAAAAAUCAUAAAAUGCGUAUAAUUGCAUUUAUUGGCAGUACGGUUGGUUUGGGUGAAAAAGAAAUUAUUAAGCAUAGAGAUGAAAAUUCUGAUGUAUUAACUGCGUUUGUUAGUGUGUUAAAUGGUAAAGAUGGUGGUGGCAGCCAUCUUAUUGCUGUACCACCAGGUUCACAUUUUUCCGAAGCAUUAGUAUCAGCUCCAGUUAUUCAAGGAAAAGAUGGUGCUUCAGGAGCUGGUCUUGGCAGAACAGUAUAUAAAUUCAGAGUUGAUGCUAAUGAAGAUCCAAAAUUAACUUUAUCAAUGCUUAUUUCUAUAGAAGAACAAAAAGCUAUACAGGAGCAAGAAGCUCGUCGAAUUCAAGCUGCAUCUGCUGGUGCUGAAACGUCAACUGCUCGUCCAGAAACAAUUAAUAAAACUCCAACAGAAGAAGCUAUGUUGGAGCGUGCUUUGUCAAUGGAAACUAGUGAAGAUGAGCCUAUGGUUGUACAGGAGGGAUCUGGCGCUUCAACUUCAUGA